AGUCAGUGUUCCUUCCCUCCUGGAGCUCCCCUAUCUAUUGUACUCAGCAUAUCACUGGAAUGGGCCAUGAGACCGCUGUUGUUUCUUCUCGCGUCCAGCCUCACGCUAUCGCAGACAGGAGCAGAUCUGGGGCUGUGGUUCGUACGGUGGCCUGAACCGAUCACCGCUCCGGUCGGGGACGACGUGGUGUUCGAGUGCUCAGUAAACGUUCCGGCGGAGUCAGUACGGUGGCGGCAAGGCGACCAUUGGCUGCAGCAGGACCGCCCGCCCCCGCCGCGUCCCACCUCCACCUCCAGGCUGCUAGUCAAGUUCGAGGACGAGAAGCAAGAAGGGGACUACCAGUGCGUUGCUUGGUUCGGAGCUUCUGCUCUGGCUUCUACCCCGGCAAGGCUGACUCUGGCAGAACUGCAGCCAUUCCUCUACCAGCCGCAGAAGGAGGUCCGAGUUACUCCUGGGAACACAGUUGCCAUUGCUUGCCCACCUCCAGUUUCUAAACCUCCAGCUGUUAUUCAGUACCUUCAAGAUGGUACAGUAAUGCCAGAAUCUUCUAACACUUUAGCCACUACUGGUACCCUGAUACUUCCAAACGUCACGGCUAAAGACUCUGGUGUGUACACCUGUACUGCUACCAACUACAUCACUGGGAUGGUGAUCAACUCUCCCAUGAAAGUCGUUCUUAAAGUGGAGAAAUCUAACGAAUCAGGAUCACCUCGCUUCUUAUACCAGCCACAGACAAAGUACACUGUUCAAGCAGGUCAGAACAUUAGUUUGGAGUGCUGUGGAAUUGGAAAUCCAGUUCCAGUCGUGAGCUGGAGAAGAGUAAACAGCGACUUACCAAUCGGAAGGAGUGAGCAAAUUCCAGGAGGUCUGAGGAUAGCAGGUGUCCAACUGGCAGAUGCGGGUCAGUAUGUCUGCGAACUCAAGAAUGGGGUUCCACCAAUGAUUGCUCAGCUCAUAACUCUUGAAGUACAAGUUCCUCCGACGGUGAGCAAAGGCCCAAGUAAUGCUGUAGUCGAAGAAGACAGUGACACAGAGCUAACCUGUGAAGCAACAGGUUCACCGUCACCCAACAUCACGUGGUUUCUUAAUGGCGAGUCCAUUCUUAAUGACAGCCACAUAACACCUCAAGGAGGUAACCUCAUAAUUAAAAAAAUUCAGAAGAGGCACGCUGGUAUAUUCCAAUGCUUCGCGACAAACGCCGCAGGAGUUACAUUCGGUGCUGCUAUGAUUCAGGUGUCGCCUACUCAAGUUACAGCAGGAGAUCCACCCCCUUAUCUUCCAGAAAUUGACAGUAAUGAACAAAUUGAAUCAUCAACUACACAAGGACCUGGGCGUGGACGGAAAAAAGAUCAUCCAAGAAAAAAUAAGGACAGGCGAAGAGAAAAGAAGCAUCGCAAUAAUGUGAUGAUCCCGCCAACUAGACCCAACAUCACCAGACUGAGCAAUAAGUCAGUAAUGGUACGUUGGUCGGUUCCUCCGAAUCCUGGCUUGCCAAUUCAGUUCUUUAAAGUACAGUACCAGGAUCUGGAUUCUAGUGGUAAACAUGGGCAGUGGAUGACUUCCAAUGAAGAUAUCCAGCCUCACAUUAAUAGCUACGAAGUGGAUGGGUUAAUCACAGGUCAUCACUACAGAUUUAGGAUUGCUGCAGUCUACUCCAAUAAUGACAACAAACUUGGCAGGACUUCAAGUAAAUUUCACCUCAAUCGAGGUCCUUCCAAUGAUGAAACUCCAUUUUUCCCUCCAAACCUCACUUAUGCUGAGUCUUUAUCUCCUACAUCUAUAAGGAUCCAUUGGGAGUACUUGAAUUCUGUAUUGGCUCCAGUUGAUGGAUUUUAUGUUUACUAUCGAGCAACGACAAGUGCUGGCGACUACAUCAAAGCUACUGCUGAAGGACAGAAUACAAGAUCUUACUUGCUGAGCCACCUUGCGCCAGAUACACAUUAUGAUAUAAAGAUGCAGUCAUUCACCGUGCGUGCAGCAUCAGACUUUUCUGUGAUAAUAUCUGCCAAAACUCUCAAAGAGAUAAAUGCGACGAUAGCACCCGUUCCAGAGGUGAUUGAAGCUGGUGGACUUGGAGAGAAGUCGUCACAUGGUCAGCUGUAUCUUGUCCUUGGUGCCGUAAUAUCUGGACUUGCUCUCAUCUGCACUUUGGCUGGUGCCAUCUGCAUUUGCUACAGGCGAUCUGCUGCCCAACAGGAUCAUGGUGGAGAUGGGUGUGAUAAGAGCGGGGUUGAAGGCGGGCUAACAAUACAGCAGCUGGAACCAGUAGCUUUGAAUGGGUUUUCUCACGGAAGAGCAGUCACCAAUGGCUUCAUCCCAUGUUCCAUCAACAUCACCAACAACCCGUUAGCCGACUCUCAUCAAGAUAAAAAUGCAAUGGAACUCUCUUGUAUGCGAAGGCAUAACAACAACUGUCCUUCCGGUGCACCAGCUCAAUCGGGAAGUGAUUGGUGUACACCUCCUCCAAUAAUGGCUCGCACCGGUGAAAACUAUGUGUGACAUACAGCAUUCCAUUUCUAGCUGUUGAUUGGUUAGAAAUCUCCUAAUGAGCAACCAAGACUCAUUACAGAGUGCUCAGGUGUUAUUUAUGUUUUCACUGAGUGGUAUUGUUUUUUUGUUUAUUUUAGUUUUGGCUCGUUUCAUAAACUGCAGCCAAUUCUUAGACUGAAAUUUCGAAAGUUCAUAAUUAUUCAAUAGUUUUACUUACCGAUGACUGAUUAUGAAGAAAUAAUUUAUAUAACUUUUUUAGAGUCAAAGAGAUAGAAAUUAUUUUUUAAAGAAAAUAUUCAAAAACUAUAAACUUCUUCC